AUGGACCAACCAGAUUCAAAACAUGCAAAGAAACAAGGAGAAGAAUUGGAAGAAGCAUUUGCACACCUUUCCUUAGGACAGUCUUACAGAAUGAAGAAUCAGUUUCAAACGGCAAUUAAAUCCUAUGUGAAAGCUUUGGAAAUUGCAAAGGAGCAUGAAUAUAAGCAAUACGAAAUAGCGGCAUUAUUUGAGUUAGGACAUGCACAUAGAUUGGACAAUAAGUUUCAAACGGCAAUUGACUACUAUGCGAAAGCUUUGGAAAUUGCAAAGGAGUGUAAAGAAAAACGAAAGGAAACAAAGGCAUUAGUUGAGUUAGGCGGAGCUUAUAGAUUGAACAAUCAGUUUCAAGCGGCCAUUGGACACUAUAAAAAAGCUUUGGAGAUUGCAAGGGAGCACGAAUAUAAACAACUGGAAACAGAAUCAUUAGUUGGGUUAGGAGAUGCUUAUAAAUCGAACAAUCAGUUUCAACCGGCCAUUGGACAAUAUGAGAAAGUUUUGGAACUUUCAAAGGAGCAUGAAUGUAAACCGCAAGAAACACAGGCAUUAUUUGGAUUAGGAGAUGCAUAUGGAUCGAUCAAACAGUAUCAAACGGCAAUUGAAUACUAUAAGAAAGCUUUGGACAUUGCCAGAAGAAUAAAACAUACAGAAGCCGAACGAAAAGCAUUACUUUGCUUAGGAAACUAUUAUAAAUUGAGCAAUCAGUUUCAAAAUGCUAUUCAGUGCAUUGAAGAAUCCUUACAAAUUGGAAAAGGACCAGCAGAUAGAAAUCAGGAAACGAUGGCAACAAAUUCAAUGAAAGGCUCGUCAGUAAUAAUCG